GCCAUGCCGCAGACGGCGCGGCCCCUCGAGAGCACAGACUCAGCGACGCCGCCUCCCGACAACCAGGCGGGCAUGGACUCCUGGGAGCGACGACAUUCAGAGCUGGCCGUGUCAUCGGCGGCGGGUGGUGAGCCCAAGUCACCAGAGUCCCCAGAGGUCGAGAUCACAGCUGUGACGCUGGCCCCUGGCAACGCUGCUGGGAACGACGGCCGCAUGCAGGAGGAGUGCGAUGAUGUCGCCAUGAGUGAUGCGGCAGUCGAGGCCAUGAGGGAUGACGCAGCCGAGGCAGCCGAGGACGACGUGGCGAAGGAUGGCCCAGCGCGUCAGCAGUCGCAGCCGUCCACUCCACAAGCUGUGGGCGCUACUGAGGACGCUGUGCACGGUGCUGGUCGUGAGGUGCGUCAUGAUGAGAGCCGAUGGGGCGAGUGCGAGCGCCCGCCAACCACACCACCAGUUAAGAAUUCAUUGAAGGCGCAGCUCGAGCAGUCCGAGUCGGCGCUGAAGGAAGUGGCCGAGAAUGCUGGCAUGGAUUGGACUGUGAUGGCCGCCGCCAUGAAAGAAGCAGACGAAGAGGUCUCCAUGACGAACCGUGCUGACCCAGAUGAGUGGGCAUUCUGGCAGAAGUACAAGCAAUCGAAUUUCGAGUUCAGUGCGAAGGGGAAGGCUGGCAACCCCAUGGCGGGGCGCUGGCAGAGGGCGGUUGCUGCGAAUAAGGAUGGUGUCGCAGAUGAGUUCAAAAAGUGGAAGGAUGAUGGUAAACCUCUGAGCGAUUUUCGUCAGAAAUGGGCAGCUGGAGAAUAUGAUAAGUACAGGGGCACCUUGAAGCAGGUAAGCUCCUUCACGCAGGAGUUCUUCAAAAAGGGCGAGUACCUAGCGGUCGGGGGGGUGGCGUGGCUCGAGGGUGGCGGAGAUCAAGGCCGUCAGAACGCCAUCACAUACGCCACCAAGGCGAUCCAGAUGGGCCCUCCGUGGAUAUGCUACGACGAGAUGACGGAGACCAUCAAAAUAUUGUACAUCACGAAGGGUUUCAGCGAGGUGAUCGCAGAGAACUGGUCGAGGCACCAGGAGUGGAUCUCCAAC